GACCUUCUAGAUUGAUUCCAGCACGCAAAAGCACGCAAACCAGCUAUGCUUUUAUGCCUUGCGGCGGUAUCUUGCAUUUCAUUUCCUGCGGGUAGGCUCGCAUCAUUAAAUCGUAUCAUACACCAACUGCCAAGGCCAACACCGAUCUCACGCGUUCCUGUGGUGCUACUAUCAGGCUUAUUGACCUACGGGUCCGAGUUUUUGUCGUACACACCACCACCAACGAGCUUUUGCUCGACCGCGUCAUCUGGAUAUCAAAGUCGUCCAGGCCCUCUUACGGCUCUCACGAAGCGGUCCUAAUUAUCUUUAGUGGAACAGCAUCGGCGCCGGUCUUUUGUCUUCCUGUAAAUUUCCACCCUCAAACUGUAGAUAGACGUAAAGUGUGUUAGCCAAUUUUCUCGAUACAACGUGCUAUGCCAAGAGCGUAAUCUAGGCUUACCUCAAGAAAUCCGGUCGCAGUUAUUACGACCAUGAACGCUUCGGCCAAGUCACUAACGCGUUCGGAGAGUAGCUCCUCUGUCUUUCCAACUCCAGCUCCGAUUCCAGCUGAACGCUUCAAGACGUGCAUCACUAGCAUUCGGUGUUCGGUCAAGAAGCGCCUGCCCUGCAGCACGUUAUGUGAUCCUCGACUGACAAUCGCCGCACCGAUGAUGCGCGCCACCUUGACGAGAAGGUCAUAGUGCCUCUCCAACGCCUUGCUAUCCGACGAAUUAACCUGUAGUUCGGGGUCCACGGAAAACAGCCCUGACUGCUCGAUGGCCCUGAAGAGAUUCGCAUGCAGGACAUUCUUGGCACCUUCCCGCGUCUGGCACAAUUGGAGCAGAAGAGCGAGCUUGGCGUCGAUAUAGUUCUGCUGAUCCGGGUCGCCUAGAAAUGCAUGUUAGAUCGCAAAUUCCCAGAAAUAGAAAGAGUCGACGAGAAUACCGAUGA